AUGGCUCAAGUUGUCGUAGGUGAAGUACCGUAUCAAUGGAUCGAAGCUAACCAAGGACUUGCUGUGCGCAGGAAUGAUAUGGACGGGCGUAGUGAUUCAGGCUUUAACUGUUCCCGUACCAAGAUUGCAUUCCAGAUGUUGGGCACACUUAACCUGGGCACUAAAACCAAUCUAUUCCCGUGCCACUUGUUCUCUCAGCUUUUUGGCUUUCUUAUUGUCACAUUUGUCAUCAAAUAUGCUGAAGACAUGGCAGUUUCGAAACUUACUGCGAUUAUUAUUAUAACAUUUCUUGGCGGGUCAAUAGCAGAAACUCCAGAAAUCGAGACACUUCCAGCAUGUGGAGUGAAUUGCCUUAGGGACAUCUUUUUGAGGCCGCAGUUUGUGCACCAAACACAACAGCAGCUCUGCGAUAAUACCGAGUUCAUCAUAUCAAUAGGCACCUGCCUGAGAGAGAACUGCAACGGUACAGAGAAGCAAGCGUUUUUGGAUGCUGCGUCCAAGAAAUGUGUGAUACCUGCUCAAGACGCGACAGUAGCGUUACGUGCUUCGAGCCUGGUCAUAUUCGGUUCUGCUUUGGGAGCCUACAUUCUACGGCUGAUAUCAAAGUGCAUCUACAAGUCAGAAUGGGGCGCCGAUGACACGUUCAUGUCACUUGCUGCAUUCCUUAUUAUCCCUCUUAUUGUCCUGCUCCAAUUGAUGGUUUCGGAAGGAAUUGGUCGUGAUUUACGCACCCUCAAAGAUGAGCAAAUUGUGUUUUGCUUCCAAAAAAACCCGAUUUCCUUGAAUUGGACGGGAUUGUAUAAGCCAAAUCACCAUGGAGAUGUGUUGAAUGAUAAGCUAUUGUACUUGACUCAUGGCAUUAUCAGCAUGGCAUUGGACAUUUGGAUGGUCAUAUUGCCUUUUACCCAGGUCUACCACUUGGGAAUUAAGCUGCGCAAGAAAAUUGGCGUGCUUGCUAUGUUCAGUUGCGGAAUUCUACUCGUAGGAACUAGCAUAAUCAGAUUCUACUAUCUGGUAAAAUACCAAGUAGCGAGAGAUGCUGAAGGUAAAGAAACAUCUGCCCGAGCCCACCCUUGA